UUUACAAACGAUCUCUCUGCAGGACAAAGCUACAUCUGGAAAGCAGGGUCUUGGCAUCAAGGACCUGCCGAUGAAAGUUGGUGGCCAGCGUUGGAAGGGGAACAAAACCUCUCUUGGUGAUAGUGAUGAGGAAAACUCAACCCAGUCUGAAUUAUCAGAAGUGGAAGAAGAUGAAGACGAGGAAGGAUCUGCCAGUGAUGCUAAAGUAAAUGAAGUACAUGUGAAAACCGUAAAAGAAGUUUGCGUGGAUGCUAAACCUAAAACCAAGUUCAAGAAGCUUUGCAAAAAAAUUCUUCGUCAGGCUCCAUCUCAGUCCAUGAAAUUGAAGGAGCUCAAGGAAGCUGUUGAAGAACACUCAACUAUUUUGUCCGACUUCUCCUGUAGACGUGAAGCUCUUUCAUUCUUGAAGAGGAAGCUCCAGGGAAGCAAGAAAUUCAAUCUGGAGGGCAAAAGGGUUCAUCUUGUAUCAUGAAGCAAAUACGAAGCCUACGGGAGACAAUAUGAUUUUGCGUGUGGCUCCUGCAGUCAUAUAUUUGUCGAUUGUUGCUUCGGACGAGUAUACAUACAGGCUGUGCACCAAGUGGCACGGUAUAGAUGUAAGGAGUCAUAGGCCCGGGAUGGGGGCCAAAAUUUUGCAAAUCUUGCCAGCUGCUGGAAAUUUGGAAGUGUGUGCUGAGUCAUCUGUAUCGUAAUAUCCAUGUAGCUGAUGCAUCUAUAGGUGUUUGUAAUAUUUUUUUGUUGGGUGUAGACUUGUAUUUAGAGGAUGGUUAUGCCUAUUGUGCAUUGGCUGUCUCGGGUUUAGAACUCGCUCAUAUAAGUCUCCAAACUCACUUUGCUCCAUAAGUUUCCACAUGCAUAUGAUCAUCAACUAUUUUUCCCCC